AUGAUAGGAUUUCAGGGAUUGCGGACCCCCAAAAGAUUAUACAGCAGCACUAUAUCACAAGAUUUCUUGAGAAAUGUUCUUGAAAGAGUGAAGGAAACUGCGUCCAAAAAACCACUAUCGAACAACGGUGGCACCAGGAACAGGAACCCAAGAGGUCCUCGAGGAAACAAGGAGGGCCGCAGCACCCGUGGUGCGAGCUCCGAAUCGAGAGAUAACUUUAGAAGAGUAGGGAACAAGACCGUUCCUGGAAACGAUUCAGAGGCGGCUCCAAGGCCCAAAAAGCCUUGGAUCAACGCAAAUGUUGUUAACAGGCAACCCCAGUUUCAGCGGAAAACCGGUGCGGCCGGACUCUCCUCCAAGCAGAAAGUCGAUGAAUCCUUAAUGGAUGCCCUAGACGCAGUGCAGCAGGGCAAUGUCAAGGGCAAACCACAAACGACGAGAGGGAGACGCGCCCCGAAGACUGCGCAAAAAUCUGUGCCAGGAAUGAGCCAGUCUCCUGGCUCGGUUGAAGGUAUAGUGGCUCAGGCAAAAAAAUCUACCGUCUCUCGGCAGUACGUUCCUGAUGAGCCAACUCCUCUGUCGUUGCUGAAGUACGCUCCAAAACUAGCCUACAGUUCAUCUUCGAAGAUGAGCAGCUUCGGCGUUUCCACUCUGGAUCAGAGCGACUUUCCGUUAACUCGCCGAGUAAACUUAGGCGUUGCCACCUCACCUUCUCAGAAGCCUUUGAAUGUUUCACUCAGUCCAAGAACUGCAGCAUUUGGUCAGUACGCCCCUGCCUCAUCACUUGUCUGGUGCAAAGAAAAGCUUUUGAAAAAUGUUAGUAUACGUGCUGAUUUCGAUCAGUUUGAGUCUUCGGUGAAUGGAAAGUACGAAAAGCUGGUGCCAGCCACAGAAAGGGAUUUCCAAGCCGUGAGCAAAAAUAACCAGAAAAGGGCCGAGCUAGUCAACAACAGCGACGUGGUAAGAUUGAGCUUGCAGAAGAGCAACAUGGAUUUCGCCAGCAAAAGUCUUGUUUAUCAGGUUUGUUCGGGAUUGGAGCCUAUUUCAAGCCUGAAGGCAUGA